GCUGAAGAGCGUGCCCGGAAGGAGGCUGAAGAGCGUGCCCGGAAGGAGGCUGAAGAGCGUGCCCGGCAGGAGGCUGAAGAGCGUGCCCGGAAGGAGGCUGCAGAGCGUACCCGACGGGAGGCUGUGCAGCGACAGCGUGAGGUUGCGGAGCGUGCCCGGCAGGAGGCUGAAGAGCGUGCCCGGAAGGAGGCUGCAGAGCGUGCCCGGAAGGAGGCUGAAGAGCGUGCCCGGCAGGAGGCUGUGCAGCGACAGCGUGAGGCUGAAGAGCGUGCUCGAAAGGAGGCUGCAGAGCGUACCCGGAAGGA